GGAUUUUUCAUUAUUGCUUGCGACAAGUAAGCUAAGAUGAAAUCGUUUGGAAGUAAGGAGACAUUGUGAAGGUCAUAGAGUCAGCUGAGUAGACAACUGUAUUAACUGUUAACUUAUUACAUCAUAGUGUCCAGUUUCCGAUGAAAAAGGUAAAUAGCAUGUACUUGUUGAAUGGAAAACUGGUUUCUGAAAUGUUUGAGGACGCCGCAUGCAUAUUCGUUGCGUAAGAGCACGGCGAGCGGGAAAGUUUCCGCAUGGCUGAGAGCGAAAUCACCAUUUGGAGUCCACGUGGUCGGCAUUCCCACCACAUACAAAACGCACAAUACCAAAGGGAGGGCCCCCUUUCCUGUGUCCCGUUGUCGAGUGGCAACGCUGCUGCUGCUGUCCAGACAGACAAGAAGUGGAGAGAACCGUUAGCAGUUGUUAGUACGUUGCCAGAUUGGCGAAUAAUAGGGUGUUGUCUGCACACGCGAGCCGUGACGGGCGGGGGCGCAAGAGGAUUGAUCGAUCAAUCAAAAGUUUUCGCCUAUCCAUACUAUAUAUGUAUAUGAAUAUAUAGCAAGAAGGAAGGGUGGCGUAUGCAACUCGCGUGUCUCCGUGGAUCGAUAUUUUCGCAGCAUCCAUUCAUUGCCAGUGAUGUGACGCGAAAGGGUGUAUUCCGUGGAGUGGAGCAGAUAAGGGCCAAUUCUGGAAGUGCUCCUCUGGAAGGGCCCGCGCAAACAUCUCGUCCCCCUUUUUACCCCAUCAUUUGUCUGUCUCACCUUGCUGCCCUGGUGCUCGAGUGCAAGUGAAUGUCCGCAUCAUAGGAAUACCGCAGAUAAUAAGCAUUAAAUGGCAUUGGAUUAUACGUAAACCAGUGAAAAUGGAUAGGAGGUUCAUCCGGCAGAACGGGCCGGUGCUGUUCAUAACUUUGCUCUUCUGCCUCUCCGUCUGGCAGAUAAUCGUGUCGGGACCAGGACCGCCGGACGCGGACGAGAUCACCGUCCCCGCGUACACCGUGAUAACACCGAACAGCACCAGAUUCAGGUAUCCGGUGGAAAGUCUGAACGCCUCCGACUAUCACACGCUGAUGGACAACAGGGAGUUCUCCUUCAAGAUGCUCACGAUCGUCUGCAACGAGAGCUACCCGUUUCUGCUGGUGAUGGUGCACAGCGCGCCGACGAAUUUCGCCAAGAGGAAGACGAUUAGGGAGACGUGGGGACAGCGUCACGACGGCAUGAAACUGGUCUUCAUGCUGGGAGCCGUAGAUGAUUAUAAGUUGCAGAAGAAGCUGGAGCUGGAGAACGCGUUGCAUGGGGAUUUCGUGCAAGGCUCGUUCAAGGACACCUACAGGAACGUCACCUACAAGCACGUGAUGGUCUUGAAGUACGCCGUCUACCAUUGUCCAUCUGCAAAGUACAUCUUGAAGACGGAUGACGACGUGUUCGUGAAUAUGGUAGUUUACCUGGAUUUCCUCAACGAGGAUCUAUCGACGCAUGGAGUCACAGAUCUUUUAUUCUGCAACGUCGUCAAAGAUUCCGAGGCGGCUCGCUCGUACCGCUCCAAAUGGAGGGUCUCUUUUAAGGAGUAUCCGCAGAGGGUUUACCCCACGUACUGUCCCGGAUGGACGCUCCUCUACUCGCCCGACGUUGUCUUCAAGCUGUACAAAGAGGCCCAAAUCCGGCCGUACUUUUGGAUAGACGACGUGCUGAUCACCGGCAUCCUCAUGAAGAACCUCAACCUCACGCACACCCACAACGCCAAAUACAUCAUGCGACACGACGACACCCACGCCGUCGUCUACAGGAAUUCGACCACACUCAUCCGGCAGCAGUUCCUCUACGGCCAUCCCGAACUCAACGAGAGGCAGAUCCGCAGCUUGUGGGCCUUCGUCACGCGCCCCAAAAUCGAAGCCAAUCGCUUCGUGCGUACAUGAAGACGGAAAAGUAUAGAAUUUCAUAUAUUUUUUUACACGUAAAAGAAACGAACUCGAAAGAAAACCAAAAGCCUAGUCAACACACAAAAAUAACAAUGUAUUAAUUAAGGGGGGUUAAUUAAAAAAAAUGUAAAUACCACCCCCUCACCCAAAAGAAAGAACAUUAAUUCAAACUUUAUCUGAACCUCUUGAAAUGUUAUUAAAAAAGAUAUAUAUUAUAAGAUGAUAUAAAAUACGUAUAUUGAGUUAGGAGAUCUAAAGAAUGAAGAGAAUCCGAUAUUAUAUAUAUAUUUACGAAGACUGUUACUGUAGCAAUUAGUCAAAAGUUAACACAAACAAAUGGAUAUAAAGAAAACAAACAUCAAAAUGAUUAUAACAAGGAAUAAAUUGUGUGUUCCGUUUUAGAUAAGUGCCUGGGAUUAAAGUUUAAAGAAAAAGUAAAAAUCGAUUGAGUGCAAUGUAAUAAUCCGAAUAUUAUAUAUAUAUGUAUAUGCCAAUUUAGAGUGAAAUUAAUGGCGUUCAAAAGUUAUGUGCCAAUUUUUCAUUGCGGAGAGAAAAAGAAAUUGAUGAAUUGAAGAAAGAGCAAUCUUUUGAUUAAAAGUAAAUUUUAUUAAUUAAUUUCUGUUUUUUUUUUUGAACGCUAUUUAUAUGAUAAGAAAAUGGGUCCAUGUUCAAUUUAGUACCUAAUUAAUUGAAAUAUUUAUUGAAACAGAGUAAAAAAUAACG